GAUGCAGAAUUAUUCGCACUCAAUUCAACCUUGUCAUUUUCAUUUUCAGUUUUUGUUGUGAGUGGCGAGGGGUGAGAAAGAACGCAGUCCCUUGACAACAUUCAACCGAAACAAUUUAAGAAACUUCUCGAUCGAUGAAUUGUUUUGCUGUAUCUGAGCUUGUUUGCUAAUUAGCGCUGUCUUGAUCGGCAUUGAUGGCUUUUUCAUCAUGGCUAGGAUUUGGGAAGAAAAAGCCUUCCUCCAAAUGGGAUGACGCUGAUGAAGCCCGUGAACGUGAACGUGAACAAUCAUCUGAUGACAGCUAUGUUGUAAUAACACGGAAUCCACAACCAGCAGGAAACAUGUAUCCAACAUUUGACCCCAACGAUUCAUCAGUAUCUUUGCCAUAUUUAGUUCAGCCUGCACCCUCACUUCCUAGCCAUGGAUCACACUCUGCAGGUUCUGACAUACAUUUAGGCAACCCUUUAGAUGAUGUGCCAUUUAAAUUAUCCUCACAACUUGUCGGUGGAUCGCCAGGCUGGUCUAGAAAUGAUGCAGCAUUUUAUAAGUCUGUAGUGUCUGCAGCUGUUCAUCACAAUGAAACAGUGUAUAAGUAUGAUUUCUCUCAUGAGGAAUCAAUUAUGAGAGAGAGCACUGAUGUUGGAUAAUUCAUUCUGUUGUUAAUUAUCACAUUGGCUGAUUCCGCAUGCUUGUAAUUGUUUCCAAUUUGAAGGAAAGCAUUACAACUGAGUUCAAUCAAAUCUGACUUCAUUUUCAAAUAAUUUCAAUGCAUGAGAAAAAAAUCAAAAACUUGACAUGUGGGCCAUUUGUGAUGGCAAUUAUUUACCAGUGUGGAUGCUUUCAGCCUGUGGAUGUAUAACAAAGAUUCACUGUAUCAACUGACCAGUGGUACGCUAUGAAUUUACAGUUCUUCCCAAAGUAAUAAAUCAAAUUGAAAAGGGAAAAGCUUGAGUAGACCAUUUUACUUCAAAAUUCAGUGAAUAGACACAUGGAAAGACUGGCUCACAAUUAUGAGAAAAGUCCAUAAGUAGGUAUGUACAACACCAGAUUGUAAAAAAGCAAAUUACAAGAGUUGAUGAAAUGCUAUCACUAUUAUCACACAAAGCAGUCUCUGUAUACUAAAAUUCCAUUUUUGUAAAUAAAUUAAUGGAAUAUUGGUGUAACACUGUACAUCAGUUUUGAUUAUCUAAUAAAUGUAGCUUAAGGAAC